AUGUUUUCCUCCGCGCCUCACGAUGAUCUCUCUGUUGGAGAUGUUUUUACUCCGCAGGCCGAUAGCGCGCAGCCCUCUGCCGUCGACAUUCCGACCAAUCACCACCUCACGGGUGACCACAUGGGUGACGACCGGCUGUCGCCGCGCAAGCAGAUAGCCAAUUAUCGGUCCAACGGGGACAGCGCGAUGCAGCCAGCGGCCUUUCACCCGAAUUUAUUGACGGGCAAGCAGCGACGGAAGAACAAGAAAAAGAAGCAGGUCGCGCAGGUGGACCCGGCGCUGUCGACGGUCCGCGGCUUCACACCGCUGGUCUCCGCUGACGAGGACUCGGAUUUCUCGACGACUAGCUCCCGCGCUGCGGAGUCACGCCCGGCGACCUCUAGGGGUGGAGCAAGUCCUCGGGCUCAACCGAGUUCGGGCCAUGGGGUGAGCGCGUUGAAGCUCCAGCUCGAUUUGCUAAGUCUCUCUGGAAAGCCUACGGCGGGCACCGACAGUCUUUACUCCGGAACCCCCAGUAACGCAAGUGUGUAUUCAGACAGUGAUCAGACCGAGGUUUUGACGAGCUAUGAAGUGCCUCUGGAGCAUGAUUUCGUCAGUGCAGACGCCGUGAAGGAAGAGGGACCUACCGACAAGAGCCCGGAGAUGGUUGGCAAUGGUGUGGAUAUGCGGAGUCAGCUCUGCCGCAAGAUGACUGCAGACGACUUUGAACCCUUGCUCUGCCUUGGCAAGGGCUCGUUCGGAACCGUCUUGCUCGUCCGCCAUGUCGUCACGGGCAAGCUCUACGCCCAGAAGCAGUUCAAGAAAGCCUCGAUCACUGUGCACAAGAAACUCGUGGAGCAAACUAAGACAGAGCGUAUGAUUCUGGAGAGCGUCAACCGGCACCCGUUCGUGGUGAAGUUGUUUUACGCGUUCCAGGACCACGAGAAGCUCUAUCUGAUCCUGGAGUACGCUCAAGGCGGCGAGCUAUUCACCCACCUCGCCAUGGAACGCAUGUUCCAAGAAGACGCCGCGGCCUUCUACAUGGCCGAGAUGGUUCUCGCCCUUGAGCACUUACACCAGAACGUCGGCGUCUUGUACCGCGACCUCAAGCCCGAGAACUGCCUCCUUGACCGCGAGGGCCACCUGCUCCUCACCGACUUUGGGCUAAGCAAGAUCGCGCUUAGCGACGAUGACCGCUGCAACUCCCUCCUCGGCACAAUCGAGUACAUGGCCCCCGAAGUGAUCCAGGGCAAACCGUACGGCAAAGCAUGCGACUGGUGGUCUCUAGGCGCGCUGGGCUUUGACCUGCUCACGGGGUCCCCGCCCUUCCGCGCUAACAACCACACUAAGCUGCAGGAGAAAAUUGUCAAGCAGAAGCUCGUUCUGCCGUACUUCCUCGGCCCCGACGCAAAGGAUCUACUCAUCCGCCUGCUCCGCAAAGACCCGACCAAGCGACUCGGCUACCACAUGACCAAAGACCUGCCGACGAUCAAGAAGCACCGCUUCUUCCGCAAGAUAGACUGGGCGGCCCUGGAGCGCCGCGAGGUCGACCCCCCGAUCCAGCCGAUUGUUACGGACCCUGCGCUAGCCGAGAACUUCUCCGCAGAUUUCACUCAGAUCCCACUGAGCCCGACGGUGACGGGUGGGUUCGACGAGUUUUUUGCUGAGGGCCGAUCUCGUUUGUCGUCGAGUGCUACGGGCCAGAUGUCUGGUGAGGCGGAUCCGUUUGGCGGAUUUAGCUUUGUCGCUUCGAGUAGCUUGCUGGACCAUGGACUUGGGGUGGCGGCGGGAUAUUAG